AUGGUGAGAACUUUGGAAGUAGAGGCAUAUAACUUUUUUAUGACUUUACAUGAUAAAAGUUGGAAAGAAUCUAACGAAAAACUAGGAAAAGUUACGUUAGAUAUACUCAAUAUCUUGAGAGAUAUUUGGAAAAAUUCUGCCUUUGGCCCAAAGUUGGUUAAGUCACAAAGUGAAGGGACAUAUAUGACUAAUGUGAUAGUUCCAAUGAUUCGAGCAUCAUUAAAAGAUCUUCCAAUUGGGAAAUCUGGUUAUAUUUCUACAGCUGAGCGUCAAAGUAUAGCUAGUAAAGAUCGAAGAGGAAUUGGAAAAUGA